CGUCAGAUAGAUAAUAAAACAAUUAAUCGCAAUUUCUUGCUACGUAAGUAACGUUAUCUGAAUAUAAACUAUAGAAUUACAUAGAAUGGAAUGGAAUGGAAUAGAAUCAAGCAAAAGUCAAUAAAUGAUAUAGGUUGUGUUGAUAAGUUGAAAAAUAAAUGUAAAUAAGCCACGUGGUUACAUUCAUUACUUUCAAGUCGUCGAAUAAAGACGUUCUAUAAAUUUAAAUAAAGUUAUUAAUUACAAAUUUGAAAAAGAAAAUAUUUAAACAGUUUUAAAAUGGCCAUAAAUAUUCGUGUUGAUUCACCAAAUAUUAAAUAUACUGAAGAAUUUAUUCAAGCCAAAUAUGAAUAUCAUACAACUAAAAUUACUGAAAAUAAUAAUAAUAAUGUUACCUUAUCACCAGAGUCGCAUAAAUUAUUGAUACGAACUCAAGUUAAAUUACCAAAAAUAGGAGUAAUGCUUGUAGGAUGGGGUGGUAAUAAUGGCACCACAUUUACCGCAGCUGUAUUAGCGAACAAAUUAAAAUUGAAAUGGGAAACAGUACGUGGCGUCCAUGAUGCUAAUUGGUAUGGAUCAAUAACUCAAUCAUCAACUUUAUUACUUGGUAGCGUAGGUCAUGAAGAAAUAUACGCGCCUAUGAAUUCUUUUUUGCCGAUGAUUAAUCCAGAUGACAUCGAAAUUGACGGAUGGGAUAUAUCAGAUAUGAAUAUUGCUGAUGCAAUGAAACGCGCUCAGGUUUUAGAUAUUAAUAUACAAAAUCAAUUGAAAUCAUAUUUGACGAAAUAUGUACCGAGAAAAAGUAUUUAUUCUCCUGAUUUCAUUGCUGCCAAUCAGAAAGAGCGUGCAAAUAAUUUAAUAACUGGUACAAAAUCAGAGCAAUUGAAGCAAAUCCGUGCUGAUAUAAACGAUUUCAAGUCAACUAAAAACUUAGACAAAGUAAUAAUUUUAUGGACAGCAAAUACUGAGAGAUUCGCCGAAAUAAUACCAGGAGUCAAUGACAAUGCUGAUAAUUUAUUGAAAUCAAUUGCCGAUAAUCAUUCAGAAAUAAGUCCAAGUACUUUGUUUGCUGUAGCUGCUGCCUAUGAAGGCUGCACUUAUAUUAAUGGAUCACCGCAAAAUACAUUUGUACCCGGCUUAAUUGAAUUUGCUGAAAAAAAAAAUAUAUUUAUUGCGGGUGAUGAUUUUAAAUCUGGUCAAACAAAAUUAAAGUCCGUAUUGGUUGACUUUUUGGUUACCGCUGGUAUAAAACCGGUGUCUGUUGUCAGUUACAACCAUCUUGGUAAUAAUGACGGCUAUAAUUUAUCAGCACCGCAGCAAUUUAGAUCAAAAGAAAUAUCUAAAAGUAAUGUCGUUGACGAUAUGGUUUCAUCAAAUAAUAUUCUAUAUAAACCGGGUGAAAAACCAGAUCAUUGUGUUGUCAUCAAAUAUGUGCCAUAUGUUGGAGAUAGUAAACGUGCUAUGGAUGAAUAUACAUCAGAGUUAAUGUUGGGGGGCCAUAAUACAAUCGCUGUUCAUAAUACUUGUGAAGAUUCAUUAUUAGCAACUCCUAUAAUUCUGGACUUGAUUAUUUUGGCUGAAUUAUGCUCACGUAUUACAAUCAAACGCAUUGAUAAUGAUGACGAUGCUAACAGCAGUGACGGUUUCAUUACUUUCCAAAGUGUAUUGUCACUACUUUCGUACUUAUGCAAAGCGCCGUUAGUUCCUGCUGGCGCCCCAUUGGUUAACGCAUUGUUCAGACAACGUGCGGCCAUUGAAAAUAUACUGAGAGCUUGUUUGAGUCUACCGCCUAAUAAUAAUAUGAUGCUGGAACAUCGUUUUAAAUUUUAAAUCCGAUCUAUAUUUUAUUGAAAUAAUGUUUUAAUAAUUAAAUAUAAUUAUAUUAUUAUUAAGACAUUCUUAUUUUUUUGUUUGUUGGACCAAGGAAUGCUUGAGUACCUUAAUAGUAAUAAUAAUUAAAAAUAUUCAUAGUAAAUUUUUUUAUGGAAAAACGUAAUUAAUUGAUUAACAAGGAAUUCAGAGAAAAUUUAAGUUAAGGGUAUCAGACCGUACCCACACUUAGUAAAAAUAUACAAUGACUUUCAACUGUCAUAACUGUAUUUAAAUUUGAUUAAUUAAUUAAAAAAAAAAUUAAAGCUUUAAUUGAAAAAAAGACAACGUAGUAGCAAUUUCGCCGAGAUAUAGAAUUGAAAAAAAAUUACUUAAAGUUAUUAUCAAUUGGGAGUUAAUCAAAAAUUGUUAAAUAAGCUUUAGCCUAAAAAAUUUGAAAAUUCGAAUUAUAAAAUUAACAUGAAGAUUUUAUUUAAAUUUAUUUUCCAAAUUUCGUUAAACUCCCAAUUGAUAUCAAUUGUAAUUAACUUUUUUUUUUAAUUUAUACAUCGGCGAAAUUACUAGUGUGUUGUCCUUUCUUCAAUUAAGGUUUUAAUUUUAUUUUUUAAUAAAUUAAUAAAAUUUUGAUAAGCUUAUGAGAAUUGAGUCAUUGAAAAUAUUUGAAAAGUGGGGGACACUGUCUAAGAAUGGCUUUAAUUUAAUAUUCUUUAAUGGUUUAAUUAAAUUUAUCAUGAGAGAUAGAUUUAUCUAUUACAGAUAAGCCCCCAAGACAAAAAAAAUUGACUUUUUUGUUAAAUUUAAGCUCACAAUCGACAACAUGAAAAAAAAUUGUCACUUUAAAUUUAAUAAAAAGUUAAUUUUUUUUGUGCCGCUUGGGUCCGUAAAAAAAUGAUCUUUUCACCCGCUAAUUUUCUACAAUUAAAUUAUUACUACGCAUGCGAUUUAGUGCAAAUUCAUGGACUUAACCAUAGCUAAAUAGUGGGAGAAAAGUCCAUUCUUUUCCAGACAACUAUGGUCUACAAUGUUUUACACUUUGCGUAAUAGAAAAAAAAAAAAAAAAAAAACAACCUAAAAAUUUACUAUGAAAUACUUUGAAGAUUUUUCAUGUAUUUUUCUACCUCACUAAUAUUAAUCACAAUCAUUUAAUUACAAUUUAUUCCAGGUUUAAGCAUUUUUAAUAAGUAAAACAAAUUUUUCCUUAAGCAAAAAUUGUAUACUUUUUAUUUUGUGUCA